AUGUCUUUCCGACGCUCUGCUCCCUUUUCAUCCUCUGCCUCCUCUUCCUGCUCGACAUUGUCGUCAUCCACUUCGGCAACUGUUCUGGAGUACUUGGACGUAUUAACUGAUCCUUUCAUUCUCUUCCGGGUGUUCUUACCACUCUUGGAACUUCGUCUACGUACAGCUCUCGUCCCUCCGGACUCGAUGAUGGACACUGCCUCUGCCCGUACACCUGCUCCGGACUCCACGUUAAGGUGCCUCUUUCCUAUUGCUGAACUACAUGGCCAGGCCCUUGCGUUCCGGACGGAACGCGACUAUCACCUUCACUAUGCCCUCGCCGAGAUCACAUUUCAUCCCCGUCUCGUUGCUUCUUUGAUGAUGACCUGCUCGCGAACAUAUUACGCCGUACGAGCCCUUCUUCGUGAUCGUGGACUUCAAUAUGCCUUCUACGUGGAACGCACCCCCGAUCUUCCACGGUCACAUUCUUCUCGACCGUGCCUGUCCAUCUUCCAUCCGUUUUGUCCACAACAAGUCCGUGGCAUGGCGUUACACCGUGGACUUCAGCAUUGGGUCUUCAUUCCCUCCAGCUACCAGGAGUUACCUCUGAUCCGGCUCGGACGUCGGGGUCCUUCCGGGACAAUCGCGCAUACAGCCGGACGUCUCCUCCUCGGUCCCGACGACAUCGCAGCCGCACUCCGGUGUCCAACACGCCGGAACAUCACCGCCACCGCAAUCGUGGCCCUUCGAUCAGACAACAUCGACAUCGAGAUCCUGAUGCUGAUUCUCCCCCACGACGUCGGCUACACUAUUCUUCACCACGACCAUCGUCUCGACGACAUCCUCUUCCUUCCGACUCUGACCGACGGGCACCACACUCUGACAGCCGGGUGCACUCCACUCCUCCACCUCAUGAUGAUCCAUCCCACUAUUCUUCCUCCGGUGCACCUCCAGCUCGACGUGAACCUCGAACGCUACGAAGACAUCUAUUCGCUCGGCGCCAACUGGGAAACCACCGACCUCUUCCUUGACGCGAACCCAGACCGCGGUUUCCCUUUACCGCGCAAUGUCGUAGACACUGCCUUUACCCGGCGUCUCGGCAUCGCCGAAAUGCCUAUUCAUCUCGUCCCUAUUGUGUCGCUUACCCCGAAUGCGGGGCAAGCAUGGAUCGUCCGCCUGCUGGCGGCUGGCCGCCCUCUGGUGAUUGAAAUUUUCAGGACGCGGCAGGAAGCGCUUUUGGCGUCAUUCAUUAUUCGGACGCUCCGCAAGUCCUCGGACCAAUACGACAUCUCUGAUCUCUUGCAACACGUGGCGGACAAGGUUGCUGCGACGAUUAAUGAUCUACUACCCCACGGAGAAGGUGCAGCCGGAGGACGACCUGGACUUCUGGAACAAAUUCAACGAUUGCAGCAGGACAACGACCAGCUCAGGAUGCUUGCCGCUGGCACGGGCGCUGAGACCCUACCUCAUCCACUUGCAGAACCGAACCCUCCACCAGAUGCCGCCACCAGACUCCGGGACUCCUUUUCCAAGUUCGAACGACUCGAUCGCCGCGCUGUCCUCGCUUCCAACUCCCCCAAAUCCGCCUCUACCGCCGAUGUGAAGAAAUGGCUCGACGGUCUCAUCAAGCUCCAUCGCGAAUCCUACACACCGAAGCUCACCGAGUUGCAGGGCAUCUUGAAAGAGGCCACCUCGGGCGUCCUACCACCCUUGGACAAAACCCUUGUAGAUUGGGGACUGACCGUCAGUUUGGCUUCCAAGUUGUCUGAAGUCAACCAACAGAAGCUCUUAGCGAUGACGGCGGUCCUCUCCGCCUUCCAGCCAGCUGCGGGUUUUGAUAUUAACACCAUGCCGCUCCAGCUUUCCACAUUUCCUUGCGGAUUUUUGCAUCAGCUCUUGGACUACCACCAGAACUUGUUCGCGUACGCCGUGGCCGCGACUCACCCUCCUAUUGAUGGCAGUCCAGGCAAUUCUAUUCGGCAAACCACACGACAUCCCGAUGACAUCAUGAUCCGUGACCGUCUUGCAGAGCUCAUUGACCGUCACACGAACCUCUUCUACGGGUUCUUCCGCGUUGGGGACAACUAUUAUCAUGGCCUAUUUGUUCUUACCUUCGACAUCGGCGUCAUUUCGGCACUUUCGGCCACCAACCGCCAUCUGAAUGAUGCACUCGCCAUCUACCUUCUCGCUCGCUCCAUGACCACAGUUGCCCUCCUACCCGCGGAUCGUUCUGAACCUCCAGAUCUUCUUCGUCGGCGUCUUCCACUUGGCUCAGAGUUCUCCAGCAUUGUGCGGUUCUCCUCAUUGACAUACCGCCUGGGCAUUCCCUCCUAUUUGACUGAGUUCGAUUGCACGGAGGUCCCCCGCAGUCGUCUAUUCCGAUUACGACUCCAUGCCUUCGGCACCGCCCUGCAGAGCAGACAUCUUCAGGACACCUCCUGGAGCGGAUGA